CAACAAAAGAUUUCAUUUCGCGUGAUUUUGUGCGAUUUCGUGUUCAAGAAAGUGACAAAUGAACAAGUAGCACUGGCAUGAACAUCAUUCAAUGUUUUGAAACGAGAGGAUCGAGCACCGAGCGAUCGUCCCCGUCUGUCCCUAAAAAGGAUGGAUUCAAUUGACGAUGAAAUAAUUUUGCCUAAUUCGCCUCUUUAUGCCUACUUGACUGACGCUGGUUUCAGUUUUUCCGACCUGGACGUGGAAUCGUUGGACCGGAAGGACAAGCCACAAGGGACGCCAAAGAACUCGCAGACAUCACCCCACAUUACAAUCAUCGCAUUAUUUGUAAAUCUGAAGCAUUACAUUUGGCAUGCAUUAAGCACAUCCAGGGACGUGUUACUGAGUCAACUGCAGACUGUAGAUACUCAAGCACUCCUUAAAGCCAUCAUACAUAGUUCAUGCCUUGAAGACGAGGAUCGUCGCUUUUUAAGUGACUUUUUGGAAGGACAGCCUGCUCUUGCCAAGACAAAAGAGUACAAAGGGAAAUAUGUGGCCUAUCUCGUCCUCACUGCCCUUAGCGCGUGCGCCAUUUCAAGAUGGCUCGAACCUUCACCUCUGAGUGGCAUUGAAGCUGCAGUAGUGCUAGCACUGUGCUUUGCAGCGCUGGUAGUUGUCGUCAAGCGCUGUCUGGUGUGGCACCAAGAGCAAAGCCUGUGCAGUCUUUUGGACACCAUGAGAGACUUCCAAUCCAAAGUCAAGAAGUGCCUUCAGCUCAUCCAGGAAACUGAGGUGGUGGCACGUGGUUUUACGCUGGCAUCUCACAAUGUACCUGUCCAGCGGCUCGAAAUGAACAAGUUCCUGCCAAGCUUGGACCCGCAAAGGCAGUGUCCUGAGCUCCGCAGGUCUGUCUUUGUGUGGACAAGGGAACUGUUCCUCUUCUGGAGAAGCGUUACCUGCCAAGUGAUCCAGUCAGUUCCCCUGGAAGGAGAGCUAGAUGCCAGUUCAAUAUACCUGGCCUUCACGCAGCCAGAGAAUAUCAGCCAUGAACUGUUUACAUCAAACGAUGAAGAUCUCAAGGCAGGAACUGAAAACUUCUGUCUUUCUUCUCUGAAGGCCAUGCUGUACUUCCUGCAUGUUCAGCAUUCCGAGUUUCUUCGAAGAAUCGCACUGUGUCUGAUGCCAGGAGUCACAAAAAGCUUGCUCAGCAAUGCAGUGGCUGUAGCCAAAAUAGUUAACCAGGCAAACUUUGAGUGCCAGCAGCAGCUGAGGAAGCUCAACAACGCCCACCAGCUCUACGUGAGCAGCUGCGUGCCAGAAGACGAGACUGAAGUUCGAGUCUCAAGGCCAGUAAGACGCGAUCUACAGGAGCUCCAGCUGACCGUACACAGCCUGGUGCUUCACCUUCGGGCAGCAUUGAAGCGGGUUCAAGCAGUGGAAACCAUCACAGAGUCUCUUGGGGAAGAGACCAAGCUGGAGGCCAUUGAGUCUCAGAUAAGCUGCCUCCUGGCAGAAGUCAAGGCAGAAGUGGGAUCAAGUAGCAGCUGCUUGGAGGAGGCUGCACUCUUACUGGACAAGCAGGCAGGACGAACCCCUCCAAAGGAAAACCCAGUUGUUGUGCCUUCUGCAGAGUCUCAAAGUGCUGUUUCCGUCUUGACGAUCACCGAACAGGAUUCUCCUGUCAUAGUGGAUGAGGUUUUUGAAGCACUGCUCGCGGAGAAACCAGACGUGAGUGAAGCUGAACCUGACGAUGACUUCAACCAGGAUAAUAAAUCGUCCGUAAAGCAGAGGGAGGCAUCGGCAGUCAUGUUCAAGGAGCUCAGGAGCGUCCUCGUUGUCAAGGCUAAAGAGCACCAAGAGCGCGAGAAGAACGCACUCGCACGGAGCGGCGUCGAAGGCGAGCACUUCGACAAGUUGGGGUUCGUCGUCCCCGACAACGAAUGCCCGCUCGAGACAGACGCGCUGGGAGGCGCCCUUCCCGAACCACACCAAAACAGACUCCUCGCCGAUACAGCCGCGCCAGACAGAGGCGCCGCAAGAAAGGACGAUCCCAGGGGUGGUGAGGGCGUGACCUGUGAUCCCCGCGAGCCUUUCCCGACCAGAGAAGUCCUAAAGGAACGUGCCGAAAGCAUUGUGACCUUGCCUGCGGGUCGGUUCUCCUUGCCACAUCCGAGCAGCCUCGCCUUCUUGGCAGUGGACAGGGCCAAACAGUUUCUCCCCAUGCAAGCGAGCACCUUUGAAGACGGCAUCAGUGGCAGUUCCUCCGAGGACGCAGAACUUGACGACGACGACAACUGAUUGGGUGCAAAGAAAUUAUUUGGACAACUCGGUGCCUUAACUCGUUAUGUCCGACGUCUUUCUUCUACGGCGUGUCCCCGAGACAAAUUUACAGUGUUUUUCGAGUGCAAAAAUGAACUAUGCACUGCCAAAUGCUCAGUCUCCACCCAAAUAUAGUGCUAGUGGUCUGGACCAGGUGCCAAACCUCCAGAUUUAACCGUUGUUUUAUUCAAAAGCUAUAACUGAUGUUCUGAAACUUUCAAUAUGAAAGUGGGGCAUGUUCCCGGUAGUUGACACCAUUCCUUUCCAUCUAUUCGUGGGUUUCGUCAACCACCUCUUACCCAUUAACAAAUUUCCGAAAAUCGCUUGUAACCUUUUAAUAAGAGCAACGGAACUGCAACGGAUGUUACAAGCCACUGUAGUCAAUCCAAAACUUGGAGGGCGUCACGUGUCACACAUGAUCCACUGGAUUGGCUAACAUUGUUUGUGGCGUCCAUUGCGGUACAUCAUAGGGAGAGACCGAAUAUAUAGUUCUGAAACAUUGGCAUCUGGUCCAUACCGCUACUCUUGGGUGGAGGCUGGUUAUUUGAUCAUCCAUAGUCUAUUUUGACAUUGAAAAAAUUGGCAGGGACCUUUACCUUUAAAGUUCUAUGCUGCAUGAAAUGCAGUAUUUAAGAAACAAUUGUUUUAAUUUGUUUAGAAGACUACAUAUAUAGUUUCGUGUAGUAUAGGUCACGUGGCAUCAACAUAUAUGUAAAAGUAUAGAUCAGGUGACGUCAGGUCACGUGACAUUCAUUUUCCCGCUAAAUUUAGCAGAAAAUGUACAGGUGGACAGGCAAACGAAAUGUUGGGACUGGGGGCUAGUGUUUAAAAGCAUUUCAUGCCUUAAAAAAAAUACUAUUUUGGGGGGUGGGGGGUUUGGGGGUGGAGGGUUGGACUUUUUGUACAUGUUGUGGCUCAGUUUCAUUGGGCUGUGACCUGAUGUGAACAUUGUGCGUGCCAUGCAGUGAAAUUUCUUAAGUGUUUUGUUUCAUAUUUAUAUAUUUAUUUGACUUUUGCAUUGCCUGUCAAGAGGGAAUAUAGGUUUACACUUCAU